GUUCUGAUUGGAUGUGAGGGUAAACAGUUAACUGGUGACGCUACAUUUCUGUAGUCCAGUGGUGAGAUUGAAUACCGCAAAUCAGUAUAUUACCGGAUUAUAAGUGGUCCGUUUCUUUCCUGAUUACAAUAAAUUAUUUCAGUCAAGGAGGCUGUUUGCACAGUAUGGCCUAAAUAGUCUCCAUAUCUGGAUUGGAGGGCAGGAUGGCCGGAGACGUGGAUCAAGGAGCAGACCGGGAAGAGCAGCCCGACCCCGGGGGACGGGGGCUCGGUGGGCCGCCCUCUGCCGCGAAAAGGGGUUCGUGGAUCACCCGGGCGCUUGCUGCGCUGGCGGUGUUUGCUGUAGUCCCUGUUCUAGCUUUUGGCAUAAAAUAUUACCAGGAUGGUCAGCAACUUAAACGACAUGAAGAGAGCCUGAAGAUCCUAGGAGCAGAGGGCCUUUUCCUCUUCAGCUCCCUGGACACGGACCAAGAUUCAUAUCUCAGUCCAGAGGAGUUCAGACCUAUUGCGGAGAAACUCACUGGGAUUACUUCUCCAGGAGAGUUUGAAGAGGAGGAGAGCCAUGACCCAAACGGAGAGACUCUGGUGCUGGAGGCGACCAUGCAGCCUCUGCAGAUGGACUCCAUGACCAAGAGCAAGGACGGCUUUCUGGGGGUGACCCACAGCUCCCUGAGUGGGCUCCGUGCCUGGAGGGCACCGGCCACGCCCUCCUCUACCUUCUCCGCUGGCCAGUUCAGGGUUUUCCUGCCACCGAAGAACAAGCAUGAGGUGGGGGACACCUGGUGGGUGAUCCCCAGCGAGCUCAACAUCUUCACGGGGUACCUGCCCAACAACCGCUACAACCCGCCCCUCCCUAAGGGCAAAGAGCAGGUGUUCCUCCACUCCCUGCUGAGCAUGUUCCACCCGCGGCCCUUCGUCAAGUCCCGCUUCGCCCCGCAGGGCACAGUGGCCUGUCUGCGGGCCACCAGUGACUUCUACUACGACAUCGUCUUCAGGGUGCAUGCAGAGUUCCAGCUCAACGAGGUUCCAGACUUCCCUUUCUGGUUCACUCCAGGCCAGUUCACCGGAAACAUCAUCAUCUCAAAGGACGCCUCUCACGUCCGCCACUUUCACCUCUACGUCCCCAACGACAGGCCUCUGAACGUGGACAUGGAGUGGCUGUAUGGAGGCAGCGAGAGCAGCAACAUGGAGGUGGACAUUGGCUUCCUGCCUCAGCUGGAGCUCCUGUCCAGCGGCCCGUCCACGCCCCCGUUCGUCACGGACGAGGAGGGCCGCAUGGUGGAGAGCCGCGGCCCGGAGCCCAUCCACUUCGUCUUCGAGGACAUCCACUGGACCGCCGAGGUCGGCCAGCAGGAGGCGCAGCGCCACCUGGAGGUCACCUUCUACCCCUUCAAGAAGGUGUCCUACCUGCCCCUCCCGGAGGCGUUUGAGCGCGCCGGGGCCGAACACAAGCUGGUGCACUCCAUCGUGCUCUGGGGCGCGCUGGACGACCAGUCCUGCUGAGGUUCUGGGCGGACCCUCCGGGAGACGGUCCUGGAGAGCCCGCCCGUCCUCGCCCUGCUGAACCACAGCUUCAUCAGCAGCUGGUCUCUGGUCAGAGAGCUGGAGCACAUGCAGACUGAUGAGCAGAACCUGGUUCUGGGCCAAAAAGCCCAGAUGCACCUCGAAAAGUACAACUUCCCAGUCGAGAUGAUCGUAGCACUGCCCAACGGUACCAUCGUCCACCACAUCAACGCCAACAGCUUCCUGGACGAGACGGCCAUGAAGCCGGAGGAGGAGGAUGCUGCGUUCAGCUUCUCGGCGGGCUUUGAGGACCCGUCCACCUCCACCUACAUGGCCUUCCUGAAGGAGGCCCUGCAGAGAGCAGAAGAGUUCAUGCAGUAGGAGCGUGUGUGUCCCCAGGAGCUGGUAGAUUGAAGGUCAAUUUCACUACACGAUUAUCAAGAACCUCAUUUGAAAUGUGGUCUAACCUGUGCACAUUAAUUACUCAAAGUGCAAUAGUUGUGCAGCUCCUCCACACACUAAUUUAGUCCUGUAAAAUGCUUCUAAAUUAUUGAAACAUUUUUGAAUCUCAAACAUCAUUGCGAUAGCCACCGAGUGAGUUAUCCAGAGAAGUUAUUUGCUUGAAUUUGGAACUUGUAAUAAGUAGUAUGAUUGUGAUUUCAUCAUGCAAUAUUUUGACUAUCUCUAAAGACCAUGUUCACAAAACUUAAAAGACAAAGUCUUGGCUAUUUGCCUGAAUCUGUUUAUUGUAACAUUCAGAUUGCCAUUCGAUUUUCUGCCCAAAAAAACAAUUGCACCAUCAUUUGAUAUUGCAGCUGUGUGUAUAACAUUUAAUAAUAGGCGAACUUGUUAUAUAAUUAUAUAUACAUUUCAUAAGAAGUCCUUUCCUGUUGUUGGCCUCAGUAGUUUAUGAAGGCCUCGUCUGAAAGCUUUGGCCGGAUGAGGCCUGAUGUCUCUGCUGAAGCCCACCAGGGAAUGUCUUCACGGUUCAGCUGCAAGGCGCUCUCACUUGUCCUCAAGUUCUCGUGUAAAACCAAACGUUGACUGCAGACUUUUCAUUGCUGUGACAUGUGACCACCAAAGACAAUCUUGUAAUAUGUCAAAUUUGUUCUGUUAUUUUUUAAUUGUUCAUAUUUUAUGAUACCAUGUUUUUAUAAAGCGGUACACUGCACUAUAACUGGCUUUUCCUCCUCAUCAGUCUCUUUUCCUCCUCGUCAUCUCUUGGAAAUCGAUUCAUGUGAUUGACACUGUGCUCCUGUCGCGGCCUUGAACCACCAAUAACAACUGUGGACCCUGUGGUUGGGGGUGACCCUUAGGGGUUAGGGGUAACCCUUGGGGGUUAGGGCUAACCAUAGCCCUUAAGGGCUAGGGCUAACCCUUACAUAACCCUGUGGUUAGGUUAACCCUGUACAAUAAAAGGUGCAAACAUGAA